AUGACGACUUCGCUGGUCCUGCAUCCACGCUGGGCGGACACCUUGAUGUACGUGUAUGAAAAAAGCCCGAAUGAAAACAAUUCGAAUAAAAGCCAAGCCAUGGAGGGACUAAGCGGGAAUUGCCCCGCUACCCACUGCAGGGAUCUGAUCUCGCACCCAGCGCUGGGGCGGCAUUCCGGCAGCAUAGCGACACAUCAGGGCUCAGUGUACUCGGAUAUAUCCUCGCCUGACGCCGGUCGGCAGUGCCCCGCUCCCCAAACUUCAUCUAGCGCCACUCUGGGCUACGGCUACCCGUUUGGAAGCCCCUAUUAUGGGUGCAGGUUGUCUCACUCGCACAACGUGAACUUGCAGCAGAAACCUUGUUCUUACCAUCCUUCCGAGAAAUACACGGAGCCCGGCAACGCGCUGCCCACUGAAGAACUGUCCAGCAGGGCCAAAGAGUUCGCCUUUUAUCCUGGUUUCGCCAGCUCAUACCAAACUGUCCCGGGUUACCUAGACGUGUCGGUUGUGCCUGGUAUCAGUGCACACCCGGAACCACGACAUGAGGCAUUGAUUCCCAUGGAGGGUUACCAGCACUGGGCUCUUUCGAAUGGCUGGGACGGACAGGUGUACUGUUCUAAAGAGCAAACACAGUCCGCUCACCUCUGGAAGUCACCGUUCCCAGAUGUGGUUCCAUUGCAACCUGAAGUCAGCGGUUAUCGUCGAGGUCGCAAGAAACGGGUUCCGUACACAAAGGUCCAACUUAAGGAGCUGGAGAAAGAGUACGCCGCCAGCAAGUUCAUCACCAAAGACAAGAGACGACGUAUCUCCGCCACGACUAACCUCUCAGAACGUCAGGUCACAAUCUGGUUUCAGAACCGUCGCGUGAAAGAGAAGAAGUUUGUCUGUAAAUCCAAGAGCACUACACACAUACAUACUACUUGA